UGCCAGCAGCCUGCACUCUCAGAAAUCAGACUCAAGUGACUAGGACUCUUGAGAUCAAAGUCUUACCAUGCUACUCCCCAGGACAGCCAGGGACUGCUGACGUGACCACCGGACAGUGAUCUGUGGUUCGUAUAGUUACCAAAAAGAAUGGAUAAGCUUAAUAAAAUAACUGUCCCCGCCAGUCAGAAGUUGAGGCAGCUUCAAAAAAUGGUCCAUGAUAUCAAGAACAAUGAAGGUGGAAUAAUGAACAAGAUCAAAAAGCUGAAAGUCAAAGCACCUCCAAGUGUUCCGCAAAGGGACUAUGCCUCAGAGAGGCCAGCUGACGAAGAGGAGCAGUGGUCAGAUGACUUUUCAGCCUGCUGUGCCGGAGGGGCUGCAAGGACUCCAGAAUCCUCCCCGGGAUGCACACUGAUCCUCAGCCUCCAGGACAGCGAUUAUGAAAACCCAGAUGAGCACUCCGACUCGGAAAUGUAUGUGCUGCCGGCCGAGGAGGCUGGGGACGACAGCUACGAGCCACCACCCGCCGAGCAGGAGACUCGGACGGUUCACCGGGCCCUGCCCUUCACCAGGGGCGAGUACGUAGACAAUCGAUCAAGCCAGAGGCAGUCUCCGCCCUCCAGCAAGACCCUUCCCAGUAAACCCAACUGGCCUUCGGCAAAGGCAAGGCAGGCCACCACGCUGCCAGCCCCGACUUCUCUGCAUAAACCUCAAGUCCCACCCAGACCCAAAGAGCUCCUUGAGGAUGAGGCUGAUUAUGUGGUCCCUGUGGAAGAUGCAGAUGAAAACUAUAUUCAUCCCACAGAAGACAGUUCAGUCCCAUCUGAAAAAGCUCCCAUGGUUAAUAGAUCAACCAAGCCAAAUAACUCCUCAAAGCCAGCCUCACCUCCAGGGACAGCUUCAGGUCGAAAGAGCGGGGCCUGGGACUCUAAGUCAACCUCUUCACCUGCUGCGCCAUCCCCACUGCCCAGGGCUGGGAAAAAAACAGCUACGCCACUGAAGACGACUCCAGUUGUCUCUCAACAGAAUGCCUCAAGUGUUUGUGAAGAAAAACCUAUACCUGCUGAACGCCACCGAGGGUCUAGUCACAGACAAGAAAAUAUGCAGUCACAAGUUUUUCCUCCUCCUGCCCAGAAACCAAUUCAUCAAAAACCCAUACCUCUGCCAAGAUUUCCAGAAGGGGGAAGCCCAACUGUGGAUGGCCCAUUACCCAGCUUUUCAUCUAAUUCCAAUUUGUCAGAACAGGAAGCUGACGUUCACUGUAAACCAUGGUACGCUGGUGCCUGCGAUCGAAAGUCGGCCGAAGAGGCAUUAUACAGAUCAAACAAGGAUGGAUCAUUUCUUAUUCGGAAAAGCUCUGGCCAUGAUUCCAAACAGCCAUAUACACUAGUUGUAUUUUUUAAUAAGCGAGUAUAUAAUAUCCCUGUGCGAUUUAUUGAAGCAACAAAACAGUAUGCUUUGGGCAGAAAGAAAACUGGUGAAGAGUACUUUGGAAGUGUUGCUGAAAUCAUCAAGAAUCAUCAACACAGUCCCCUGGUUCUUAUUGACAGUCAGAAUAACACAAAAGAUUCCACAAGACUGAAAUAUGCAGUUCAAGUUUCAUAAAUUAAAAAAAAAUUUUUAAAGGAAGUCAACAUCAUUGCUUCAGACAUUUUACCUACUUCUACUUUUGAGGAAAAAGUCCAAAAACUUCAUAUUUUGGAUUAUGAAUCAUCCAGUAAUAAAAUAGAAGAUGAGGAAGCUGUUGAGGUGGUCGUCGAUUUCCUUAUAAGAAGCUCACAUGGACAUGUUCUGUUGCCUGACUUGAUGAACUGUUAAUAUCUGGUGAGGCUGAGAAUAUGCUACUAAUAUUCUCCAAAUAAAUGUCUUUAUUUUAAAAAACAGGUGUAAAGUAUUUUCAGUCAUGUAAGAAAAUAACACUCUACUUCCAAAAUAAGAAAAUUAUACUCUUGGAUAAAACAAAGCUGCUGAAAAUUUAGACCACCACAAUGGUCCUAGUGCCCCAGUGUAACUAGGACGUCUACUGUCAGUGCUUGACAAUUGCCUUGGUUAAAAUUUUAAUGUGUAGAAAAUAAAAUAUAGAUAAUAUAUGAUAUUUAUAAAUACAGAUAAGGGGGAUGUAAUGGUUUCUUUUUGUGAGCU